AGGCGCUCGGCUAGGACAUAUCUCGCUCGGUAUUGCGGCGCUUUUGUCGAGAAUUGAGAUCAUAAUCGCAUUAUUGGGUCACUCUUCAUCUACGACAACAAUAUGCUACUCUAUCUGAUCUACAACUUCUCGAGGGGAUGGACGAGCUCGCCGGCGCUCAUGAUGAGCGUCUUCCGGAGGUUAUCACAACUCUCAUCUGGCACAAUCGUCCGCGAACGGUAAUUUACCCCCCCUGUCCCUCUUUUCUAUCCGGUGGACUGCGGGUCCCGACCUCAGCUUCCUUUUCGCUCUCGCCUACCGCGGAUUCCGAAUUGACGACCGGUCGACGUUGACAUCGACGUCGAAGCUGCGAACACACCAACAUCGAAGCCGCGGACGUCAUGAUAACUGCAUUCGACCUUCCCCUUCACCAUCGUACCUUCAUCUUCGCCACCGAUCUGAGCAAUUCUCGCGACGCAUGCAUCAUUAGCUCCACGACACGCAAG